CAGCAACUGUUGAGAGGGUCAUGUCUUUCUAUGCGCGUGCGCCGUUUAAUGUUUUGAUUUCAGGCUGCAGCAACAUGUCUGCCUCCUUGGUGAGGGCGACUGUCCGAGCGGUCAACAAAAGAAAGAUAUUAUCUACAAGAGCCGCACUCACACUGACUCCAGCAGCUGUGACCAAAAUCAGGGUUUUGUUGCAGGAAGAACCAGAAUAUAUUGGUUUGAAGGUUGGAGUGAGAACGCGGGGCUGUAAUGGACUGACCUACACACUGGACUACACCAAGGAGAGAGACAAAUCAGACGAGGAGGUGUUGCAGGACGGUGUGAGGGUGUUCAUAGAGAAGAAGGCCCAGCUCACGCUCCUGGGAACAGAGAUGGACUUUGUGGAGACGAAGCUGUCCAGCGAGUUUGUCUUCAACAAUCCCAACAUCAAAGGAACAUGCGGCUGCGGAGAGAGCUUCAACAUCUGAGCAUCUCGGGCGCUUCCUGCCCGCGCUCUGCCCCUCCCCCAUUUCAAGAACCUUGUCCCAUCUGUUGAGACUGAGACACUGAAUGGUGACGAGGAAGCUGGGUAUGAGGAGAUCUUUGAGAUGUGAUUGUGCCUCCCGUUCCACCACUUCUGUUCCUGGAGAACGUUGGCGUAGACGAUAUAUUAAGGCCCAAGUGUGACGUCUUUUUACACUUUGAAGGUUUCAACAUCACUGUCAGAACCAUGAUUUAUUUUAGCUUUAUAAAUGUGAUGUCAACUGCUUUAAAGUAAUCUGGGUUCAGCAUUUAAAACAAUCUUUAGAGGGACCCUUGAAGCAGUUUUUUUUUUUUUAUUUAGUCACUGUCUUGACAUGCGCACAAUAUUUUCAUUUAGUUAAAUCUAUGAUUUGUAUGCAGGUGGUACUUGUACAAUAGCCUAAGAGCUACACUGAAACAUUGAUCAGGUUUGUUUUGACAAGAGAUGCUAUUAAAGCAACACUGUGCAACUUUUUUUAAAAUCUUAAACUCACAGCUUGAAAAUAAUUUGAAUGGUUCACAGACUUGUCACAGGGAAAAUGGAGCCUACGUCACUCUGCACCUGAACCUCCAUUCUUACACUUGGUUCAGUUUUGAACAAGAGAAAGUUCCAGAAUCGGGCCAAGCAUGUAGAGUAAUGCUCAAUUUUUUUUAGAUGCGUUCACAACAAACUCAUGCCACAUGACGCAAAUAUAGUCAUUGGAUUAUUUGUGUUUCGUGAUGCGAGUAAACACAACCUGCAAAUACUCACCUGGGUCUAAUGGCUUAACUCAACAGAUGUUCAGAGGUUACUAGGCUUACCAACCUCACUUUCUUACUUUUGCUUACCCUCCCUUGCUCAUGUUACAUACCUACAGCACGAAUAUAUUUGUCUUCCACGUCUGACACAAUUCUGGGACAUCACAACACAAAUUUCUCGUCUUUGCGUGAAAAAUGUGUGCCAUGUCUGUUGAACGCGCCAUCAGAACUCAUCAAAAAUCCACGGCAACAAAGUUGCACAGUGCUGCUUUAAAUAUUCUGCUUGGAUAAAGUUGGAAUCUGUCCACUUGAAUCCACAUCAGCUGUCGGAUGAACAGCUUGAUAAUAACCACUGGUGUAGGACAGUGUCAAAGUAGAGGAGUUUGAGAGUGUCGUAACUGCCUUUUCAGUUUGUAUAGUCUUUGAAAUGCUAAUGUUGUUAUUUAACUCUGUGUGUAUGUAAAGAAUUGAAAUCUACAUUGAACUGCAUAAACAAACACACAAAGCAGUAGAAACCUACGCACAAAAAAAACACGCGUAUCCCUCGCAUAAUAUAUGAGGAUCCUUUGAUCGAAAGCCAGGAACUUGUGUUUUAUGUAUAUUGUUCACUUUUCAGAUUGAAAACUGUGCAAUAUAUCUGUACAUAUGAAAUAAUAAAAGGAUAAAUCCAGUAUAAUUAAA